CCCGAUUCCAGCGCCCGAUUGUGCAGUCCGAGAUACGGGAUCAUUGACGCGAGGGCCGGCGCACGACGAUGGACCCGACGAAGAGCACGUCGUCGCGCCGCCGGAAGAGCAACCGCAACAGCCUCUUCGACAGCUCGGACGAGGACGCCGAGCGUGGCCUCACGCGCAACGACAAGGGCCGCGACAGCAAAGGUGGCAGCGACAGCCGCAAAGGUCUCUUCGACGACCACGACGACGAGAACGACCACGAUGGGUUGCCCCUGGAGCAGCUGCAGCAGUCGAUCAAGGAGCGACAGCUCCGCAAGAAGGCGCAUCUCGAGACGUUGCAGGCGCAGGUGCUGGAAGCGACGACGCUCGCCAACGCCUUCAAGGCCGAUGUCGCGCAGCUCAGCUUGCAGCUCGGCAGUGCCAACGCCAAGAUCGAGAAACGGAAUCGACAGCUCCAGAACGCCAAAGACCUCGUCCAGUCGCUCCAGGCUCAGGUCGCAACGCUGACGGCGCAGGUGCUCGAAGAAAACGCCCUUCGCGGGCGCGACGAGCAGACGUGGCUUCUCGAGCGGGCGUCGCUCUUGCGUCAGAUCGAGGAAUGGAAAUCAAAAGCCCACUUUACGCCUCUACCCAUCUCGCCAACGACCAAGUCGGCGUCCGCAUCCUCACUGCUCGGCAAACUCUGGUCCAAGGCCAAGCCCAAGGAAGAGGUUGUCGCCCCGACGCCUGUCACGACCACGCGACCACAGAUGUUCACGGUGCACGUCCAGUCGGAAGACGACGACGACGAAUCCAGCGACAGCCUCCUUGGCAGCAGUGACGACGAUGACGACGAAGUCGAUGACGCGAGUGACAGUGACAAAGGACCCGUGCCCAUGCCUCCGCCCUUGCCACGAGAGGCUCGCCCGUCACCGCCUGUGGUCGAGAUGCACUCGACCGAUGACGCGGAAGACGACGCUCUGGACAAUGACGAGGACGACGAGGAUGAUCGGGAAGACACAGCGACGACCGGUGAUCGACGUAGCCACACCGAGUCCAAGCCACCGAGCGCCCACGAGCCCAAGGUGCCGCCGACCGUGUCGCGCAUGAACAUGUACAUGGAGAAGCGCGCCAAGAAGGAAGCGCAGAAGCGGGAGAAGGAAGCGCUCGAGGCCCAGGAGAAGAACCGAUGGCAAGAGGUGUACGAGCAAGAAUGGGCCCAGCUCGCGCAGGAAGCCAAGGAAAGCAAGAAGAAGCGCAAGCAGAAGAAGCCGUCGGUGACGGGCGCCCAGUUUACGCGCAUCUCGCGCCAACGACCCUCCAGCAUGAAGCAUUUGCAAAAACCUGCAGGCGCCGUCCCGACGCCGACCGUGGUGCCAGCGAGCCCACCGGCACCGAGUGCUGGCGUCGUGCCACCACCCCCACCUGUGCCGGUGCGUGAGCCUGUCGACCCAACACCGCCGGUGGUCGUGUCGCCUCCGUUGCCGCCCGAACCGUCCGACGCCGACGUCGAGCUCUAUCGUCGACAGCAAGCACGCCUCCAGGAACUCCACGAAGCCGAGCGAUUGAAGCGAGAGCAAGCCGAGGAGACGGACCGCAUCAAGCGCGAUAUCCACGCGACGAUCAAUGCGUGGGCACGGGGCAAGUCCCUCACUGUGCUCCUCUCGACGCUCAACCAGCUCAAUGUGCUCAACGGUCUCGGUCUGGACGCACUGGGUGCAAUUACGGCGCCCGAGAUUGACGGCGGCGAUAGCGCCAAGAAGGCGUACCGCUUCGUCAUCCGAGUCAUUCACCCCGACAAGCUGCGCAACAACGGCAGCAUCGCGCAGCAAGUCGCGGCGAGAGACGUGUUUACCGUCGUCAACCAAGCGUUUGACGCCUUCAAGGAGAAGCUCUAGUUAAGCGUAGUGGACAAUUGUUAGAUCUGCACCAUCGUUGGCUACCGGGCCUUUGGGGCCUUUUCUAUCCUAUGUAUCUGGUGCUGACCAGU